AUGGAGACACGCGUUAAUUAUUCGCUGCAAUCGCUACUUAAUAGUUGCCAGCGCUAUUCCGUGGACGUGGCGACCUGCCGGGUCUCCACCGUCGAUCCGAAGGCCGACGCGACGAGCGGCGACGGACCCGCAUCGCACCCUGCUUCCAAUCACGGUUCGUCGCUGACGAUACGUGUCGCGGCGUUGCCCACGGAGAAGCAAUCUGCCACAGUCAAGCGGCGCAAAUACGAAGGCGGCUUCACCAUUUGGGAGAGCACCUGGUUCCUCGCUGCAUUCCUCCAUGAGGAAAUGAAAACAAGGAGUGGCGGCUACGCCAUCGACCUUGGUAGGCCUUUGCGUAACGUGGCGUCACUAGUGUCAGGUUGCGGCAAUGGCAUCUGCGGCAUCAUCGGGACGCAGCACAGGUACAAGGUCCUCUUCCAGGAUCUCAACUGGGAUGUGCUCGAGGAGUCGGUCAUCCCGAACUGCAUCCUAAACGCCACAUCUAUCUACGGAACCGUGUCCGCUGGCCGUGGACAAAAGCAGGGACCGCGUGGACAACAGGCUGGCAGCCCACCGUAUCGCAACAGUAGCGCUGCGGUAACACGCAACGAGGGCGCAACCACUGAGGAAGGUAAAAACGAAGGGGCAGCACGAAAAGCGGGCCCGGAAAAAGACGACCCUCCCUCUACCGAAACGGAUGGUGGAAACGGCGAAACCGACUUCGGCGGGAAGCUGGAUGUGGAAAAGGGGAGCAAUUACCACUUCGGCACCUUCAUAGGCGACAGCCUGCACGGCACCUCUGUAUCUAAAGAGGCACACGCCGUCCCGCUAACUGACGACCGUCGGCACGAACUGGAGUUCGAGCUCAUCGCAUGCUGCUGGGAGGACAUGGCCGACCUUUGCACUGGCGUCCUGGCCGCUCGUAAGGCUGCGUGCGACAUUAUCUUCGCGAGUGAAUGCCUCUACCGCACGGAGAGCUACCCGGCUAUUGCCGCCGUGCUGAGGUCGUUCCUGAGGCCGGCGCAUGGCGUUGCCUUCAUCGCCACGAAGCGGUUCUACUUCGGGCUGGAUGGCGGCACGUUUGAGUUCAUUACUUUCAUCAACGGCACGUCGGAGGGCGCGCCGCCGGAUCUAAAGGCGUCGAUACGCAAGUCUCACACACCGCACGGCAGCACCAACGUCAUCGACAUCAUCGAGGUCCGCAUGACCGGUGAUCACAGUUAA